AUCCCCAAUCCAUUGAAGCAAGCAAUGCCCCCCAUCAAGUUCUUCCAAAAAAAAGUUUUUUUUUCUGGGAUUUCUUCAGAAAGUUGAAGACUUUUGAGCUUUUUGGUUAUUGGGUAUCCAUCAAUCAUCUAAAAUAUUUUCACAAACGAAUGAUUCAACAGGAGAUUUUUCUUCUUUUUCAAUUUUGGGUUAUGCCUUCGUUGUUUUAGUAAUAAUAUCCUCGUAGCAAGGUUUUUCUCUCCCUCUCUUUUCCUUUAUUUUUUCCUCCACCACUGCCCACAAGGCAUUGAUUCCCUCUCUCUCUCCCGCUCCCUCCCUCUUUCUCUCUUGUUGCCGCUCUGCUCUGGUGUUUUCAGAUUCCUUGUGUUCCCAAAACGAUUUCUUUCUUCUUCUUUUUUCUAAAGAAAAAAUUGGUUUCCUUUUCUUAAUUUGGUUGCCUUUAUACCCUCCUUUCCAUGGAUGCCUCCUCCCUCCGUCCCCUGCCUUCCCUUUCUAGUAGCUCUGUUUAGCUGGUGCACACAUUGAACAUACCAUAGUGAAUGAUUCAGAUUCACCUCCUUUUAUUCCCCUUUCACAUCACCCCUUUGGUGUAUAAAUACACAUUGCCCCUCCCUCCCUUCCCUUAUAUUUCCAUCAAGUGGGUAUCAGUAUUUCCAAAGCCUGCAAAACUUUCAGCUUGUAAUCGAGUUUCAUUGGACAAGAAAAUGAGCUACUCUCAUCAAAGCAUGGGUUCUGGUAGUAGAAGUGUUAGGAGCCAUGAAUUUGGAAGGACUUAUGUUGUGAGGCCUAAAGGAAAGCACCAGGCCACUAUGGUUUGGCUCCACGGUCUCGGUGACAAUGGCUCGAGCUCGUCUCAGCUCCUGGAAAGCCUGCCUCUUCCUAACAUUAAAUGGAUUUGCCCGACUGCUCCUUCACGCCCUGUUUCGAUUCUUGGUGGAUUUCCCUGCACUGCCUGGUGUGAUGUUGGAGAAAUUUCUGAAGAUGGUCAUGAUGAUUUCGAGGGCUUAGAUGCCUCAGCUGCGCAUAUCGCGAACCUCUUGUCAACCGAACCAGCUGAUGUCAAAGUGGGGAUAGGAGGUUUCAGUAUGGGUGGAGCAAUAGCUCUGUACUCUGCAACUUGUUGUGCCCUUGGUCGUUAUGGAAGUGGCCACCCUUAUCCCAUAAACCUACGAGCUGUUGUAGGGCUCAGCAGUUGGCUUCCUGGUUGGAGGAGCCUAAAGAGCAAAAUAGAAUGUUCAUAUGAGGCUGCAAGGCGUGCUGCGUCAUUGCCAAUCAUUCUUACACAUGGAACUAGUGAUGAUGUGGUUCCUUACAGAUUUGGAGAAAAAUCCGCCCAUGCCCUUAGUAUGGCUGGAUUCCGACAAGCUCUGUUUAAACCAUAUGAAGGGCUCGGUCACUAUACUGUUCCCAAGGAAAUGGAUGAGGUAGUUCACUGGCUCACCACGAGGCUCGGGCUCGAUGGCUCACGUUAAGCUAUGCAUCUAGCUCUAGGUGGUAUGGUCAGACCGAGAAGAAUGAAGAACAGAAACUGAAUAAUGGGGGAAGGAGAGGAGGGGAAACUAAAAUAGUGUACACUGAGAUAUAGUAGAAGACUGUAUAAUGAUGGGCUGGGUUUCUUUGGGUAUACGGACGGUAUUUCAUGGUUCACUGUUUGUGAUUUUUUUUUUUUUUUUUACCUUUUUGUUCUUUUGUUCUACCUCUUGUAUUCUUGCUCAUGAAUAAAGGGUACCUAUGCUAUUUCUAUUUUA